CUUAAAUAUGACAUGCAUAGUAUCAGUGGACUGACGAUGUUUCUAUAGAUAAUAUCAUUGAAGAAUAUUUAAAAUUUCGGUUGACUUAAAAUGUUUCUAAACAUAUUAAGAAAUGUGAUCUACGUGAGUAUAUUUCUGCUUAUUGUAGGGCUAUCUUUGAUUAAACAACUAGCGGAAGAAAUUUUUAUAACAAAUAAAAGUAUUGGAUCAAGAAACUCAUACGGCUAUUAUCAAAAGAAAAUAUCGUUCCUUGAUGAUGAUGGAAAAGUAGCUUAUGGACUCUUCGAAUCUAAUCAUUCAAUACUAGAUCAUUUAGAAAUGGCUGUCUUUGAUUUCAAUAGAAAAUUUCCGGCUGUAAUAAAUAUGACAUUUUCAAGUGGUUUAGGAAAAAUGGUUUUUGGAUUCCGUAGGUCAAAUAUGGUAUUUACUCUUUACACAAGGGAAAAUCUUAAUGGCACUACGUUGAAAACCGUCCAUGAUCUACCUGCAAAUUUUACAAAAUCAAAACGGAAUAUAUUUGUCACUCAUGGCUGGAUGAAUAGUGGUGCUUCUCCAGUUUGUCAAAUGAUUAAGAAACAAUUGCUUGAACAUACUGAUAGUAACAUAUUUAUCGUUGAUUGGGGCCCGGUAGCAAAAAUAGUAACCUACCCGAUUCCUGCAGCUGGUGUUAGAGUCAUGGCAUUAUUCUACUCAGAUUUUAUUAAUGAUUUAAUUGAAAAGAUUGGAGUGCACAUUCACAAUAUUCACCUUAUAGGCCACAGUCUUGGUGCACAUCUUUCUGCUUUCACAGCACGUCUUAUUAAUCGGGGAAAACUUUCUAGAAUAACAGGAUUAGAUCCGGCUCUCCCUUCUUUCACAAUAGUACCUGAUGAUCAUCUUAAUAUCUAUGAUGCAGAAUUUGUAGACAUUAUACAUACUUGUGGGGGAUUCUUGGGCAUUAAGAGUCCAAUAGGGCAUGUCGACUUUUAUCCAAAUGGAGGUGGUCCUCCUCAACCUGGGUGUUCCCAAGAUUGGCAGAUGAUGGAUUCAUGCAGUCAUGGUAAAUCUUAUGAACUGUUUGCUGAAAGUAUUUCAAAUAAAUCUUUGUAUAAAGCAAUACAAUUAAAUGGACCUAACGAAGAAUGUAAUUCUAUACCGAUGGGAUAUUAUGUUCCGCCCAAUACAAGAGGAAUAUAUUCUUUAUUAACCAAUUAGCUUUAAACAUAUAACUCAUUAGUAAAGAAUAAAAUAGUUAAAACAGAUAAAA